CGAGGAGGCGGGGGACCGGAGAGACGGAGAGAGGAGGCCCCGACGGUACCGAGCACCGACACCCCGGCACACCGACCGUAAGCACACCGACGACGGCAGCGGCGAGGCCCGCGGAGCGACACGGAGGAGGACGGACGGAUGGAUGGAGCGUUUAGGACCUCCUAUUGGCCAGCAUCCCGUCUCGCCCUACCAGCCGCUGCUACAGCUGCAGGGAUUAGUUUGGUUGUUCGCUGAGGUGCAGUGAAACCAGCUGUAGGGGGCGCUAUCCUGUCGCCGUGCAUGAAUGAAACAGACUCUCCCUCCCCCCCCCCCCAUGCUUGGUGAUGAACUCAGCGGGUUUUUGUCAGAAAAAAUGACGCUGAAAGUUGCAGGCUAGCAGCUGCUACACAGCUGUUUCACCUGUGCUGAAAAUGUAAUUACCUUCAUUUUGAAACUGCCUGCAGUUAGCGGCUAACAGCUACCGAACAAACCAAAACAAACUCUUUAGAAGGGAAAUUCAGUCUGAGAACAGAUUAGCUAAAAAUGUAGCUGGACUGCGACCUCGAUCUAGAGAUCAGCAGCUAACUGUAGUUAGCAGCGAGCAGGCAGCGGUGGCGCGGGGCUGAGCGUGGGCGGAGCAGGGGUGCGAUGGAGUACCACUCCGGUGGCAGCCUGCCCCUGCUGGGGAGACCGCGGUACUGCCCUGGGGCCAACGCUAAUGGUGGAUACCUGUGCGAGACGGGACAUUGCUGUGGAGAGACCGGCUGCUGCACCUACUACUACGAACUCUGGUGGUUCUGGCUGCUGUGGACUGUACUCAUCCUGUUCAGCUGCUGCUGCGCCUACCGACACCGAAGAGCCAAACUACGAGUCCAGCAGCAACAGAGGCAGAGAGAGAUCAGCCUGCUGGCCUACCAUGGAGCCAACUCCUACCCGUCCUCCAUGCUGGACCUCAGUUUCCUGGCGUCGCUGAAGCUGCCGUCGUAUGAGGAGGUGGCGGCUCAGCCCUCCACCCCUCCGCCUCCCUACAGCUCCGUGUUCACCACCCCUCGCUACCCGCAGCCCCCGCGCACCGCCGACCCCCACCUGCUGACGCAGCAUGGCCCGCUGCUGCACCGGCCGCUCAGCGAUGGGCCCUCCUCCCUCAGCUCCGACAACAGCUCCAGUUGUUCCUGUGACUCCUGCUGCCCCUCCUCUCCAUGUAGCUCCUCUCUGUCAGCACCAGUCACGUAUGAGACAGACACAAGCCACGCCUCCACACCCAGCGAGGCCACGCCCCUCACCCUUGAUGUCACCAUGGAGACCAUCACUGCCGCUGCUACCCGUUUGGAGGUAAAUGAGGCUCGACUUGCCUCGGAGACAAGGGCCGCCACAGUGGCUGUUGACAUUGACGAUGCAGAUGCUGCUGGAGCUCAGGAACCCAUUGCCACGGACUCAUCUGUUCCCAACCAGACUGUUACUGUGGCGGUUAUUACCAGGGCAGCCUCCCCCCAGCCUCCGCCCUCACCUGGUCCCGAGUUGACCCUUCCUGUUGGAACGACAUCUCCCACAAUGGAACAGUUGGACAUAGCACCAUGUACCCCGACAGUUAGCGCCUGUAGCUUAAGUACGCUCCCAAGUCCAAAUGCUGUUGACACAACUCUCCCCUCCAUCCAGAUAAUAAGCACUGAGGGUCCAGCAACCAUCCCUGCCCCCAAGACCACCUCAAUGUCAGGGCCUCCUACCCCAACAGGUAGCGGUUCUCUCAGCCCUAAAGCUCCUGAAGCCCUAGAAACCCUUAAAUUAUCAAGAACUUUGGACACAUCCACUGUUCCUUGUAGCCCAGCCUCAGUACCGUCUCCAGAUGUUGGAAGAACUUUGGCCCUGAUAACAGGUUCUGAUGGUCUCCCCAUGCUGGACCCAAGUCUUAGCCUUAUGCCAAUUCCGGCACCUUCAAAGCUUACUCCAGAUCAAGAACCAGAAUCAUUGCCCUCAGUUCAUAUCCAAGCUUCAGAUCCAGCACCUUUAAACCAGAUCCUGGUUCCAAACCCACAACCGAAAACCAACGCAGACUCCAUAAGUAACCCUAACCUAACUCCAAAAUCUGCACAUUCAGAUCUUAACCUAGAUGCAGCAGCACCCACUUCACCCAUAUUAGCUCGGAAUCUACAACUGUCAUGUGGAUCAGGUUUCGUCCAUUCUCCUCCCAGUCCAGAGACGUCACAACACUCAGGAUCUGUUGCUGUUCUUGUAUCUUGUCUAGAUUCGCCUGUAGUGGCAGACCGUUCAGGUCUUUCUCCAGUCCAUGCUCAAUCAUCAGACCUUAUCCUUCCAUUGCCUUCAGAUGUCGAGGCUGGUAUAAGUUCUGGUUCUGGGUCUGGAUUAUGCUCUGGAUCAGGAUCUCUGUCCACCCCUACCCCAGUUCUCACCUUCUCUAAACCUGGGUCCACAUCUCUCUUCUGCCCAGCCAUAAACAUAGAGUCUGAAUUAUCUCUUGCUAAUUCUCAGUCGCCCUCUGCAGCCGUCUCCCCAUCCUCACCCCCAUCCCUUACCUCCCCUCCUUCCCCACCCUCCCUUCAAUCCUUGUCCUCCACCUCCCUCCCUGCACCAGCUUUACUCCUGGACCCCCUCACUGCUCUGCACCAGUCCGACAAAGGUGGAUCUUCUUCUGGCCAUGCAUCCUCCCUCUCCCCCUCGCCUCGGGCCACUCAGUCCCCACCAAAACAGACUCUCUUCUCUCCCUGCGUGGAUGUCUUUGAACCAGGACCUCCCUGCUGGGAGGACGAAGACGAGGAGCAGGAGGAGAAGGAGAACGACGAGGAUGAAGAUGAAGACAUGGGAGCUGAUGAGAGCCAGUACAGGCAUCGGCGACUUACCGGUGACUCUGGGAUCGAGGUGUGCAGGUGUCGGGUGGAGGACGAGGACGAGGAGGAAGAGGGGGAAAGGAAGGAGGAAGGCAGGAUAGGAGGAGGAGGGGAGCAUGAUAAAAAAGGGGGUGGAAACACUGAUCUCCAUGACAGCAUGGACUGUCCUGUGAGAGGUCAGAUGACCACCGGGGAAGGACUCGCACUGUGUACCACCACCGCCACGCCAACAUCCGAGGACAGCGGCAAAGUCGUGAUUGUCAUGGAGACGGUGUGAUUGACAUAAAUGGGCGGAUCAAACCUUGUGCCAUCCAGACAAGAGUUAAACAUGACGUGAUUGAUGGCACUUAAAACUGAUUUUCUGUAACCACAGAAAAGAUUGUGAUUGUGAUGGAGUCAGGUGGCAUUAGUAUACCCCCAAAGGUAUCACAUAGUUUAUAGAGAGAGAGUCAUCAGGAAGCAUUAUGACACGGUUUAUUCGACAUUGAAAGUACUGGAGACGUGUUUAGGAACUGCUGCGCUGCAGCUAGCUUGUAAAAUUUCAAGGAAAAUUAGGACGUCCAUUUCAUCAAGUUGGAGAGUUGUCUAUUUAUGAAGAAUGUCUAAAUCUUUACUGAAGGCUAAGAGCAGUUACCAGCUUGUCCCAAAGUGUCUGCAGAUCCAUCCAGUAAUAGUCAAAGUAAAUGUCGUCGAGUCGGUGCUUUACAGCCAACGCUGCUUUUGUUUAGUCUUGUGAGCGAAUCGUCGUUUCUCCGAAUCUCUACAAGUAGAGAAUGCAAAAUCCAUCUGGCAGAACAUGCACAACCGACACACAAUAAAUGUAGUAAAUGCUCUGUACAGUACAGUAGGAGUGAAUUUAAUGUGUUGAAUUAAUUCUCAUUCACACAUAACAUUUAAAAUCACUCCACACGUUACAUUUCACACAAAGGAAAGAUCGACUGAAAUGUUGGCUUGUGGUUAUGGUGUUUUGACCUACGCGAGAAAGUAAAUGUCAGGAUAUUGUGGCUGUCAGUUCUGAUCUUUUUUUACCACCUUUAAUCUGCAUUGUUUGCAUCCAUAGCAGUUUUAUCCCCUCCACCUUUUGCUAGGACAUUGCUGCAUUUCUCGGCAGUCAAAAGCUGUUUUUUUUUUUUUAGCUUGCAGACACCCCAGCCUCAAAAAUCCACUGCAUACAUUUAACUGAAACUACUGGUAAUUAUGAGCUUGCUAACAAGUCAUAUUUCCAUGCUCAGUAAUAUUCCAAUUGGAUUUAAACAGCUGUUGGUUAGUGCAACAGAAGCUGUGGCUGUCACAACUGUGAAAUUUUAAUUAAUGAAUAAUUAUCACGCAAAUCAUUUCAAUGUAAUUCUGUUCAUUUCAUGCCUUUGCUAGUUUUAGAUUCGUGUUAUUAGUGUCUUUGAACAUCACAUUUUUUAAUGCAAAUCUGACAAAUCACAUCUAGUUUGUUGGUCUCUCCUUUUUUAUUUGACUGGAAACCAAAACGUGCCCACAGCAGCUACAUCCUCUACAAAUAGACGCUCAUCAAAAUGGAGUCGGUUACUGACAACGCCGUUGGGCAACACGGAAACAGUAAAACUUGGCAUCCAGCUGUUUUUCAGCAUAUAAAUGGAAAUAAUUCUCACGAUAAUGCAAAACAAUUGGGGACAGCACAAAUACUUAAUUGCAGAUAUGCAUCCACAAAGCAAGCGCAGCGUUAACCAUGCAACGGAUCCAACGAACCCUGACAAGCCGUAAACAUGGGAGCCUUCUGUCCAACGUGACGUAAACGUCGCAUGAAGAUGGCGAACAUGGUCGCCCCUUACAGAAGUGACGCUUUCUUUCAUUCGUCAAGAAACUAAGAACUUAAAAUAGUUGAACAUUUACCCGGAGACACCUCGCUUGUCUUGUGCGAUGACGGAGGUUUGGAAAUGUGCCGUGGACAGAUUGGCUGUUUUGGACUUGAAGAGAGGCAGAUGUAGGAGGAUGAUUCACGCUAACUGACAGAGGGAAGACUGAUUCAUUCAUUAAGGGGACGUUUUGAUGGAGAACUCUGUCAGGAGAGCGGAAUUAGGUGGGUCGUUUUCAGAUUCCUCUCCCGGUUCGACUCAUUCUGUGCUGAAGAGUUCGGGGUGGAUGGAUCGGUUGGCUUCCUGUGCAGAGAAAAAGCUCUGACGGGAAUACAAGCAAACAAUGGGCACUUUUAGACAGAAACAAUGCACCAAACAGAGUAGAGACAGAAGACGUCAUCAUUCCCGUCUCUGCCUCUUUCUCUGAGAUGAAACAAUAAACACCACAGAGCCGGUCUAAACAAUGAAACGCUGCCUUUUGCUUUGUGCAUCUCUCCAUUCAUAGACACCUCUCCUUUUUAUGACCAUGUCAGAUUCACCCAAAAAGUCGAGACGUGUUCAGGCCUUCAAAAAUGAAACUGGGAAAGACGGGGAUUUAUGUGAAGACCGUCAUUUAACAUGUUGAUGUUUCGUACGCUGUGAGCUCAGUAGGCGUGUCAGUGUUAAUAUUUUGUGACAGAAAGACAUGAAGGUAGAGUAUAUUUUGUCAAUGAUGCAGAGUUAAUAAGAUUUGUAUAGUACAAGCUGGUGCUUUUCAAAUCACCGUAGAAUCUAAAAUUAGUGAAUAGCAAUAUUUUUCAUCAGCAAGAGUCUGUGUGGACGUAACCCCCGGAAAAAAUGGCUUAAAAACGGCUUGAUGGUGAAGUCAUGUCAUUGUUGGGUAAAAACUCUGAAACCGUUUGGACUAGGGUUUACGCAAACUUCAGAACAAACCUUUUUCUUGGAGGUUUUCACCCAACACGAGCAGGACGUUGAUCUCCAACAAGCUUGACGGAGGCGUGCCAUCGCAUUUGUGAAGCGUCGGGUCAAAGUGAACGAAACGAAAUGACAUUUAGUCACCUUGUUAUCUCGCAUCAAAGAAACUGGUUGGAGCACAAAGGUGAGAUGCCUCUUAGUUUUUCGUACACCUGCUCCCACAAAGUGCACUUGUUUUUGCAGCUGUUAAUGUAAGCUGUGUCGGAAAGUUUCACAAAUGUGCAGAGACUUUGCAGCCUGUUGGAAAAGUCAGAAUCUUUAGUGGACUGUACCAGCAGAUGAUCGUCUCAGAGGGUAAAGACGUGGGGCAUCUUCUCUCGAUUGGAAAUUGUGGUUGACUGAGUCUUAAACCCUGUGACCAUGCUGCAUUGCCACAUCGUGUACAACUUUCUUGACGGAUGCCCGUGAUGGACAAAGCUAAUUAUUCUGACAAAAGCAUUGUCCUGCCAUUGGAGGGACGUGACAGAGCAGACCAUUUCUAUUUCAGACCUCUUGGUACUCAACUUGGAAACUGAGACUGGAUUCAUGUGCGCUUGGAUAAAUUCACAGGCGUCUGGUUUUUCAGCUCAAGCUGAUUAUCCGAUGACGUCUUUGAAGAGGUCGUAGAGGCUCGAGGAACCUUCUCCGGAAAGCUCAAGGGUGACACCGAGCCAUCGAUGUUGUGGUUGAUGUUGUGGUUGAUGGUGUUUUUUGUUUACCUAAACUAAUAAGGUUAUAUAUCUCCAUGGUUACAGAGUGCCAUUUCUACUUGACAACUGUUACUACUUAGCAUUAGAUAGAGCUGUUCUUGCUCUGUGUGUGAAUGUGGACUUUUGAGCAGAGUGACUGGAGAAGUUAUGUCUGAAAUCUGUCUGUAGCUCAGGUUUCCAAAGGAUGUGCAGCUCUGAGGUCCAAAGACCUUCAAGGUACCGAGAAAUGAGAGUGACAGGAAUCUGGCCAGAAAUUACUUCUGCCUUUGGUGACUUCUAAACAGACCAAUGAAGGAUUUGUGAUCAGAGAGAGAAGCGGUGGUUUUAGUAACUGGUUGGCGCUUCUAAACCACUGUCAAGCUCAAGUGACGAAGGUCCCGUCUGUUCUCUGGAGGCGUCAGAUCCAACAGAAUUCAGCAUAUGUUGCUGCACCGCUCAAGAUUUAGUUUGUAGUUUUCUUCUUCUUUUUUUAAAUCAGACCCAAAACUAAUUUAAGAUUUUGAGAAUUUCAUGUGUUUUCAGACCUGUGAACUUUUGCAGUUUCACCCUUAACAGACAUCUUGCCUGUGAAGCCAGUCUGGGGGUUCAAAACCUCCAGAAAUAAAACUCCCACAGCCUAGAAAGCAGACAGAGCAGUUUACAGCACAUCAGAAUGACCAAAUGGAUCCAGCAGAGGACACCUUUUUAAUUGUUGGCCCUUGAAAAUGAAAAGAAGGUGCAGUUUCUUUAGAUGAGGGUGGUACUGGGACCCCAAAAAGAUCCUGAAAGUGUGUAUAUGUAUGGAUGGAUCCAUAUUUCUUUUACGGCUCCAACAUCAGCAGAAUCUGAUGUGUUGCAAGUUUGGCAAGACGAGGUCCAGGUUUGUUUUUUUUGUGCUAUUUUAACAAAAGGUGGUGUGUACUCAUUGGUAGGAGACAAAAACUGAUGUGAAUACACUCACUUUUGUCCACUUUCAAGGACCAGUGAUUAAAAAAUGUCCUCUGCUGCAGAUAAACAGUCAUUUACAUCAGCUGGAACAACUUCGUCCAUGUUCUCACCAAAUGUCAUUACGAUGGGAGUUGUAUAUGUGGAGAUACUGAAUGCUUGAAAUGGAUUAAAAUGAGAUGUUUUUUGAGGGGGACAUUCAAAUGAAAUUCUCAAAAUUCGGCUGAAAUAUUUUACAGAACUUGGUUCUGGGUUCCAGAUAACAAACAAACUCUGAACAAAAUCUGAGCCGGUGGACGACCGCCAUGGACCUUCGUAUAGAGGUUGGAAAAACCCAAUUCGUUAGGCCGGAGAUACACUUAGCUUUUAACUUCACGCAUUCACGUCGACGACCAGCAAUGUCAUGAAUGUAAUCGUUAACGCAUUUCCCUUUUUACUGGAGGAUUCGCGAAGAGGCCACCAGAGAAUCAGACAGCACUGAGCUGAACAAACACUUUAGGAAGUUUACGGAAUAUUUUCUUUAUCAUCAGCUUCUGAGGAUGAGCGCAAACUGUAGGACACGCAGACGCAGAGUUAAAAGCAAGCAUAUUUCCUGCCGAAGUUUCUAUGUAGCUCAGUGGGUCCAGUGAGGAACCAGGUUGGAGUCUCAGUUCCCACUUGAACUUGACAGUGAAGAUGUUCUGGUGGCAAAGUCUUCAACCAGAUGACUGGUAAAGCGCGAAUGGUCUCCCUCUGUGUGAGGCCGAUUGCAGGACUGGAUAACCUUUGGAAACCACUGUCUUUCUGUCUUUUCGUUGAGAUGUUUAAGCAGAACUUGAUUUUCAUCACAGUCCUCUCUGACCGAAGAGUUUCACUCCGACUGGAUUCUCAUUGACGGGUCAGAAGUUAAGCUGCACAGGAUGAUCGCCCCCAAUGAGAGAUCAGGUCCGCCACUUAAAAGUCUGGAGUAAAUAGGUGAUCCACUGAGGUUCUGCUCACCCUGAACCAUCGGAACAGGACACAGAAAAGAAAACUUCUGUCUUUACUGCACAGCUGUAGGUUCUCGUCACCAUUUCAAAAAUUGUAGAUUUCUCGCAAACAGUUGUAGUUGCACUUUGGAAAUGUGGCCUCAAAUUUGCACCGAGUCAUGUUGUCAGACAGAGUUUAUUUGUGGCAAACCUGCAGUGGGCUGGAGAGGAAGUCAGACCUCCACUGCUUUCCUGUUGAGAGACGAUGGUGCAAACACCGGAGAAAAAAAGCACGUAAAUCAACUUUGAAAUCUUAUAAAAACACCAUAAAAUAUGCCAACAUUCUAGCAAACCUUAAACAUAUCUGCCAGAAGUUUUCCACAAACUUAGUCAGAUGUCUGUCGCAAGUCUAAUUUGGAUGCAACAACAUGACCUUGAUCGCUAAAUGUCACAUGAAACAUGAGCACAAGGAGCUUCAGCAGAAAGCAACUGGACUUCUAUUUCAGGUUCUUGAAGACGUUUCACUUCUCGUCCAAGAGGCUUCUUCAGAUCUAGCCGUGAGCUGGAGUGACUAAAACACCUCAAAGUCCUCAUCAGUCGGUUAGAAGUGAAGGUACUUCUGAAACAAGAGUCCAGCUGCUUUCCACUGAAGCUCCCAGGAUCACCAUGACGUGGACGAAUGGGAAUCGACUCAGACGUUCUUCAUGCAGCGAGUUUCCAGCUCGAUUUUCUGGAUAAACCUGGUCCUCGCUGCUUUCCUCGACAGUGCCCCGCCGUCUCUAUCGAUCACCAGUGAAAAUGUCCGAAAAUAAACAUAAAAAAUAAAAAGAAAGAAAAUAUGACCUUGCUGCAAAUUUGUGGGAAAACUACCAAAGUUUGACUACAACUGCCUUGCAGAAGCCUUGGGAGGUGCCGAUGUCGCCAGCGACGCUAUCGAAGGCAAACUAAUAGCUCGGUAGUUACUAGACGGUCACUAGAAGUCCUGCCAGCAAGCUGUUGUGGCAAACCGCCAAUGAACAUGUUUGUUAGUGGUGGGAGACUUCUCACUGUUGCCAGAACGUUGCUGAAGGUUUGCAACUGGUGGCCACUUGGGGCAACUAGUUGUUGGUCAUGUCAGCCAGUCUUACAUCGGCUGCACAAAGGUUUGCUUUUGUAAGUGGAGAUCCACCGCGAGAUCGGCUGGAAGACAAGCCUUAGUCUUAUUUAAACCUUAUCUUGACCCUGAAGCAUGACUCCGGUGAAACUCGCGAUUUGGAUCAAACUUCAUUUUCGGCUCUUUGAUCAGCUCCACCUGUGGUGUUCGGCACAUUCUUUUAAUUUACUAAAACCUUCCCUCUGUCUACACCAUGUUCUUCUCUCCUGUCCUCCCUGUUUGCAUGAGGUUUCUGUCGGAGAAGUCCGAGGAAGCAGAGAAGAGAUUAGUCGUUAAAACCCCUUAAUAUUAUGAUGAAGACGAUGCUAAUUAUUAGUAUUACUAAAUUAAUAGUUAGUGUGUGUGUGUGUGUGUGGAUGUAUGUGCGUGUGACCUAACUAAACCAGCCUGUUCUAAAAGUGUGUGAAACUAUACUGAAUAAAACUGUCAAAUCGCAAA